AAAACGGGAGGAUCUGGGGAGAAGGGGGUUCCAUCAGCCAGCCAAUCAGAAAACUCGCGGAUCUUGGGUGAGCUGAAACGUGUGAGGGUUGUUUGGGGGAGCUGCUCUGAAGGGCGGGCGUUGUCUUGAGUCGCCAGUUUUGGUUUCUGCUUGGGCUAAUCUCCCAGUAAGAGCUGGCUGGCAAAAAUUGAGAUUGAACCAAAGGAGGCUCUCACCCGAAUUCCCCCAUGCGCAGGACUGUAAAUUGAGACCAUGGACAGAAGGAAGGAUUCAGACAAGCAGCUGGACCCCCCUGCUGUGUUCCGGACUCCAAGGCCAACUGGAUUUCAAGAAUUGAUUCCACCUUCACAUUUCCAGAGCCAGUCAGCACCACCUUCAACUACUACUGGGUCCUGGGGGGGCACAGCUUACCCUAGCUGGGAGGCUGCUGAACUCAGACGAGAGAAUUUGCGGUUGAAAGAAGAACUCCAAAGAUGGACCACAAAAGUAGAUAAGACAGAAGACACGAGAGAUAAAAGCAGGUCCUUGGAUAGGUUGGCUGAGCCCUCAAAUGUGACCCUGGCAAUGUCUCAACAGGCUGAAAUCAUCUCCCAUCAGCUCCAUGAGAUCCAGCGGCUGGAGUCAGAACUUAGUGCCCUCCAAGUUUCCUCAGCCCAUCUGGAGGCAACAAUAGCUGUUCGGGAAAGUACCUUGUCCAAUCUCCAAGGAGAGCUAACAUUCCUCAAAAGCCAGAACCUUACUGAAGUUGCUGCCCUGAAGACAGAGCUGGAAGAAGUCAGGAAAAGCAGUCAACAAGAGAAAGAGGCCCUAAGGAAUGAAGUAGAAGAGCUUAGGCAGCAAAGUCAGUUGCAAGUGGAUUUCCUAAGGGAGGAACUUGAGUCAACCAAGGAAAGGAGCAACCAUGAACUUGCCCUGGCACAGGGGAAGCUGCAGCAGAUAAUUGAAGAAGUAGGAGUGGAGCAGAAGAGGCAGGAGGCGAGGGUUCAGGAAUGCCAACAGGCAGUCCUGAAAGAAUACCAAGCAAAGUUGGAUGAGCUGUCUGGAGUCUAUGAAGCUGAAGCUACUUCCCUGAAGCAUCAGAUACGCGCAUCCCAGCAGGAUCUGGAAGCUCAGUGUAAGGAGGCCAGCCAGUUAAAGGAGAAAAAAGAUAUACUCCAGAACCAACUCAGUGUGACUGAGGCAGAACUAGCUUCCCAGAAUGCUUUGGUGCUGCAGUUAAAGACCUAUGUGGGGGAGCAGAAGUCAAGUAAACCUGGUUUUGAACAGGAGCAGCUGAUAAAUCAAGUACAGCAACUUGAGGAUGAGAAGGAGGCUCUGAAAAUUACAGCUGAACUUCUGCAAGUUCGUGUGACUUCGUUAGGUGAUAUCUUGGCUCUACAGGAGACAGAGCUUGGCAAAAAGGUGCAUCUCCAGGACCCUCUCAAGUCUGAGUCAUCUCAAAACCUUCAGUGCCUGCUGACAAGAUGGCGGGAGAAAGUGUUUUCUCUCCUGGUGCAGCUGAAGUCUCAGGAGCUGAGCCAUAGGGAUGGCACUAAACAUUUGGAGAAGAAGGUGAAAGAACUGGAGGAAGAGGUGGAGUCUGGAGAACAGAAAGCGGUGCUGCUGCUCCACAGCCUUGAGGACAAAACUGCUGAAGCUCACAUGGAGAGAGUAAGAAACAAGACUCUGCAAACAGAGAUGUUACGCUCAAAUGAACAAAUGCAUGGUCUUCAACAGAGGGCAGAGGCUGGUGAAAAAGCCCUUCGGGAACUGGCAGACUUUGUCAGCAGGCUAAAGCAGCAGCUGAUGGGGCAGGAAGAGAAAUGGAAGGCAGCUUUGUCACGGCUUCUGGGCCUGGGAAAUAGGGUCAGUUUUGCAACCAAGAGAGUGGAUACCAUCCAAGGGCUUGUAUGCCGGAGAGUAGCACUGGCAAAACUUCAGCAAGAAGAAAAACUCUGUGUUGCAGGGACAGACCAAGAGAUUCAGCCAUCUUAUGAAGACCUGCAGGCUGAGUUACAUAUGCUGCAUGAUGAACGAGACCGACUCUCUGUGGAGCUUAAACGUGGGGCUCAACUCAUAGAGAAGAAGGUGGCUGAAGCAAGAGAGCGAGCGGAGUCUGAUCUGAGCAAAACGAAGGAGUCGUUGCAGAGCCUGCAGGAGACGCUAGGGGCAAAGGCAGCCGUAGAGCAGGAACUGAGGCAACGGUUGGAGGACACAGAAAAGCAACUGGAGACGACCAACAACAAGCUCCAUAGGAGCGCAGGCGCUGCAGAUAGCUUGAGACAGGAGGUGGCACAACUGAGAGGAGAGUAUGAGAGAGCCCAGCAGGAAAAGAUAACAGAAGUUGAAACACAAUUGCAAAAGGAUCUCUCAGAAAUGGAAAAAGCACUGAAUACAGCACGGAGAGAACACGCCAAAGCAGUGGUUGCCCUGCGGCAGGCUGAGCGGCAGGCAGCGAGAGACAAAGCAAGGAGCCAGGAACUGGCGAAACUUCAGGAGUCUGCAGCACAACAGGAAAUGGCACGGCUUGAAGGGCGUCUGCAAGAGCUUGAGAGGGACAAAAACGUGCUGAUGGCCACCUUGAGGCAAGAAGGGCUCUUAGCUCAGUAUCGGCAGAAUCGGCUGGCAGCGGUCCCAGCUAAGUCAAUUGGAAAGACAGGAGCUAGUCCUCCAUCGAAAGAAUCCCUGUUUGCUGUGUUAGAUGACCUGCAGACUCUGGGUGCUGCUAUCUUGGAGGAGGAAGAGGCUGACAAAAACACAAACACCAUUACUGACACUGAAAAGAUACAGUGGGAAGAUAAAGUCUUGGAGAAGCAACAGUGAGAGAUCAGGCAGAUAUUUGUAAU